AUGACAGAAUACGACGUCAUCGUUGUUGGUGCUGGAUAUGCUGGCCUCUCUGCGGCCAAGACCCUCAAAGAGGCAGGAAAGAGUGUCGUGGUUCUUGAAGCCCGUAAUCGCAUAGGUGGUCGGGUAUGGACCAAAUCCUUCGAUGACGGCAGUUACGAGGAUUACGGCGGCAUGUUUCUCGGAGUACAACAGCCUCUCAUGUACGGACUCGCCAGUGAAUUCGGUGUCCACACCUUCGAUGUGCCGGAGGGGAAAUCGGUAUUUUACUACAAAGGAAAAGCCAGAAAAUACUCCGGUCUCAUUCCCCCAUUAGCGCCCUGGGCCUUGGUCGACGUGGGACUGCUCGUCCGGAAGUUCGAGUCCAUGGCCCGCGUGGUGGAUCUGGAGAAACCGUGGAACACGCCGAAUGCACGCGAGUUGGACCAGAUUACCGUCGAAGACUUUAUGCGGCGCCAAUGCUGGACGUCGGCAGGGAAAGACGUCUUCAGGGUUGCUGUUGAGCUUGUGUGGGGCACCGUUCCCUCCCAGAUCAGUCUUCUACAUGCGCUGUGGUACUGCAAGGCCGGAAUCAGCUUGACGGUUCUAGGGUCUAUUGACAACGGCGCCCAGCAACAACUCGCUCUGGGUGGAGGGCAAGCCAUCGCCAACAAAAUCCAUGAACUUUUGGGGGCUUCAGUCCGCCUGGAAGAACCGGUCACCCAUGUGGAUCAGACCAACGACCAGGCCGUCACUGUGCGCACCCGGAACGCAACAUAUACUGGCAAGAGAGUCAUCUUUGCCAUUCCUCCGCCAUUGUUGCUGAAGGUCGAGUUUGAACCUCAGCUGCCAGUGCAGAAGACGCAGCUACUAAUGCGGAUGCCAAUGGGCGCUUAUUGGAAGAUCUUUGCCGUCUACCCCAGGCCGUUCUGGCAUGGCUCUGGCUUACGGGGUGAAGGCGUGAGCCCAGACGGUAUAGCUGCGUUGAUCAACGACGUUUCUCAAGAGGAUCGCAGCCGAGGGAUGUUGAUGGCUUUUGUUGUUGGGACCAAAGCCUACAAAUUCGCAGCGAUGGACGAGAAGACUCGGCGGGAGGCGGUUCUGGAGCAAUUGAAGGCCUGCUACGGCGAACAGGCUGCCAGUCCCGUCAAGAUGUCCAUCCACAGUAUGAUGAACGAGCCGUGGUCCUCUGGCUGCCCCGUGGCAAGUGUCGCUCCUGGCAUGUGGACUAGUCUAGGCGAAUGGGUGCGAAAGCCGAUAGACCGACUAUAUUGGGCUGGCACUGAGACUGCAACGUCUUGGUCGGGAUACAUGGAAGGCGCGGUGCAAUCUGGUCAACGAGCUGCAAAGGAAGUUCUCCUCUCUUUGAAGUGA